AUGGAUAUGCUUAUUAAGUAUUUUUCUCGCUCUUUUGGUUUUUUAGACGAUUUCGCUUCUCACCCCUCGUGCACAAAUCAAUCCGUCCCUAGAACUAAGCCUUGUACGAGAUUCUUGAUGAGUCGCCGCCAAUGCAUCAUUUUAUCAGCAAAGCUGGCUCCAUUAUUAUUUUUGGCCAGCUAUUUUUACCAGCUAGCGCUAGUUACAACCACAGCCGGCGUUGUGAAUGUGCUUAGCUCCACUCAGUCUUUAAGCACUCUCAUUUUAGCGGCUUUGUGGCCGGCUGGGAUUGCGGACACAUUCAAUCUCACCAAACUUGUGGCGGUGCUACUCAGCUUUACAGGGGCAAUUCUUGUGGAACGCAGUGACCCCAGUCAUAACGUUUCUUCAACUCUGGAUAAUGCCAGCAUGAUGACGAAUCUACUUCCUUUCUCCGGUUUUCCGCCUCCAGCCAACCAAGCCUUGCCAGGGACUGCCUGGACGGUUGGACUGCUGGGGCCUAACAAUAACACGCCGCCUGCACCUCCUUCAGCAUCGUCAUCACUCAAUUUUCUGAGCCUAGGUUCCCUGUUCGCUAUCAUUAGCACCCUAUUCUUUGCUGUCUUUGUUCUCCUUGUGCAGCACACGUUCUUGGAAAAGCGGCGACUUCGGCGACAGCUAAAAUUGGCCGAUUGCCAUCGGCAUGGGGAAUCCACCGGUCAAAUGCAGCUGUAUACUGGAACUAAUCUUGAGGUAUAA